AUGUCUGCCAGCGCAUACGACCGACAUAUCACCAUCUUCGCCGACAAUGGUCGCCUGUACCAAGUCGCCCGAGCCGACCAAGCUGACCUCUCCUACCCAGAAUAUGCCUUCAAGGCAAUCACAGCCGCAAACAUCAUGUCUGUAGGCCUGCGAGGCAAGGACUGCGCCGUCGUCUUGUCACAGAAGAAAGUUCCCGAUAAGCUCAUCGACCCCUCAUCUGUCUCUCACAUCUUCCAAAUUUCCCCCUCCGUCGGAUGCGUCAUCACAGGCUCUAUUGCCGACGCCAGAGCCUUCUCCCAGCGUGCCCAGGGAGAAGCUGCAGAGUUCCGGUACAAAUAUGGCUACGAGAUGCCAGCUGAUGUCCUGGCCAAGCGACUGGCCAACAUCAGCCAAGUGUACACCCAGCGUGCUUACAUGCGACCUUACGGUGUUGCUACCACCAUUAUCAGCCUGGACGACGAGCGGGGACCCCAACUCUUCAAGUGUGAUCCGGCUGGGUACUUUAUUGGUUACAAGGGCACUGCCGCAGGCCCCAAACAACAGGAGGCUAUGAACCAUCUGGAAAAGAAGCUGCGGAACAAGGAGCACGCUGAAGGAUCAUGGGAAGAGGUUGUUGAGCUGGCCAUCACAACACUGAGCACGGUUCUCAGCAUGGACUUCAAGAAGGGAGAGAUUGAGAUUGGCAUUGUUGGCGGCCCUCGAACGGACGGCAAAGAGGGUACGGACCCGGGUUUUAGAAAGCUCACCGAGGACGAGAUUGACGAGAGAUUACAAGCCAUUGCCGAGAAGGACUAG